UAUAAAUACUGAAAUGCUACUUCGAAAAAACUUGGUGUUGACAACAGUGUGUAACCAUGAAGUGGGUGAUCCUUGCUUUUGUGUGUCUGCAGGUCUCAGAGGGAUUCAGAAUCCCUCUGUAUAAAUCCAAAACGAUUCGGGAGAAGAUGAAGGAGAUUGACGUCCUUGAAGAGUUUAUGAAAACACACAAGAGAGAGCCAGCCUUGAAAUACAAAUACAACAUCAAAAAUGAUUUUGCUAUAGCCUAUGAGCCCAUGUAUAUGGACGCAGCCUACUAUGGACAAAUCAGUGUUGGGACCCCUCCACAGAACUUCAUGGUUCUUUUUGAUACUGGGUCAUCCAACUUGUGGGUAGCAUCCACCUACUGCCAAAGUGCAGCUUGCCAGAAUCAUCCACUGUUCAACCCCAGCCAGUCCUCCACUUACACCUCCAAUAACCAGCAAUUCUCAAUAGCCUAUGGUAGUGGGAGCCUUACUGGUGUAUUUGGCUAUGACACUGUGACAGUACAAGGACUGAGCAUCACAAAUCAGGAAAUAGGUCUAAGUGUUAAUGAGCCUGGCACCAACUUUGUAUAUGCUAGCUUUGAAGGAAUCUUUGGCAUGGCUUACCCUGCCCUAGCAGCAGGAGGUGCUUCCACUCCAAUGCAGGGUAUGCUGCAACAAAAUAUUCUUACCGACCCUAUCUUCAGUGUCUACAUGAGCAGCCAGUCUGGAGAAGUGAUCUUUGGUGGAGUUGAUAACAACUUAUAUAGUGGUCAGAUAUACUGGGCCCCUGUCACUCAGGAGUUGUACUGGCAAAUAGCAAUUGAUGAAUUUUCCAUCAAUGGUCAAGCAACAGGGUGGUGCAGCCAAGGAUGCCAGGCCAUGGUGGAUACUGGAACCUCUCUGCUCACAGUACCACAGCAAUUUAUGGGAACAUUCCUGCAGUACUUGGGAGCUCAACAGAGCCAGUAUGGAGAGUACAUUGUGAACUGUAACAGUUUGCAGAGCCUGCCUCCCAUCAGUUUUACCAUAAAUGGUGUGCAGUUUCCCAUUCCUCCUUCUGCCUAUAUUCUCCAGAAUAAUGGCUACUGCUCUGUUGGGGUAGAGGUGACGUACUUGCCAUCUCAAAAUGGUCAACCCUUCUGGAUACUUGGAGAUGUCUUCCUUAGACAAUAUUACUCUGUUUAUGACAUGGGCAACAACAGGGUUGGAUUUGCACAGUCAGCAUAAAUAUCUUGCAUUCCAGUCUCUUCCAUGUAAUAUUAUUGUUCAUUAUCACUAAAAGACCUAGCCAAAGCCAAACAUAAGUGUGCCAAACCAGCCAAGUUCUUGAUUUUCUUACAGUAUCACAAAGGUUUUAAAGUUAG